AUGCUGAGCUUAGCGCUCUUGCCAGUAUUAUGGGCGUUGACAAACGCCACUCCAAUUAAGGAAAUGCCUCCGACUAUCGAAGUGAGGGAUGGCGUGUCUCCAAUGUGGAUUCUCAAUCACGUCCCGCUAGCUCAGGGUCGGCUCGACCCGAUAGUCUCUCCCGGGGGAGUGUCUGGCCAUGUCCACGCUAUCGUCGGCGGGUCCGCGUUCGAACCCACUUAUCACUACGCCGACAAUCUCCAAGCACAUGUGUCCAUUGACAAAUCCAACUACUGGGCCCCUCAAUUGUACAGACACAACGAAAACGGCACUUUCUCUCUGGUCAAAUUCAAAGGUUCUAACACAUAUUACGAAACUCGCCGAUAUGAACAAGAACCGAUUUAUGAAUUCCCUCCUGGUUUCCGAAUGUUAGCAGGAAAUCCAUGGACCACUACGUUCAACGAGAGUGAUCCAGCUCAGCAGGCGGUUCGGUUCGCUUGUCUUGGCGUUCCCGGUCCCGAGACUAAUAUGUUCCCGCCACAAUCCUGUCCCGGUGAUCUACGUGCCGAAGUGUACUUCCCUCACUGCUGGGACGGUGUAAACGCCUGGCUGGAAGGAAGCGCCCAUGUCGCAUACAGCUCUGAGGGUAACUUUGACGGAGGUGGCAAAUGUCCCGAUACUCAUCCAAAACGUAUCAUGGGUCUUUUCUAUGAGUGGUUCUAUGAGGAUGACUUCGAAUAUCGGGAAAACGCUCGAGUCUUGGCAACUGGCGAUUACCUCGGUCUUGGCUUUCACGGUGACUUCACCAACGGCUGGCCUGUUGGGACCUUCCAGAAGAUCUUCGCCGAAGGGUCGUUGUGCGCCGAGAAUGGGGGAAUCUCCGAUUGCAAACCUCUGGAGGAUUUCGAUCAGCAUGGGAAAAAUGGCGACUGCAAGUAUCAGGGUUUACUGGUAGACGAGGAUAUCGGUCAUAACGGACCUCUCACCAAAUUGCCAGGGAACAACCCACUCUGGGGAGGAACUACGACUGGUACACCCAUCCCUAAUUAUACCGAGACGGCAAAGUUCAUCUUAAACGGUGCCCCUGUUGCUCCAUCUCCCACACCUAUGUAUGCAAGAGUCAUUGCAGACAAUAUCUUACCCGCUACUGUCAAAGGUGACCCUCCUCUUCCUGCAAGUGACACUACUCUCGCCGGCGGUACCGAUGGAGGAACGACCAUCCUCGCGUCAGGAGGUACAGUCGUCAUGACGUCCACGUCGGCUCCAGCUAGUACCAGUACAUCUAUGGGAGGCGGGAUGGGUGGUUCCAGUAGCUCGAUGGGUAUGGGCGGAGGCAUGGGCGGGUCAAGUAGCUCGAUGGGUAUGGGCGGAGGCAUGGGCGGGUCGAGUAGCUCGAUGGGAAUGGGAGGGGGGAUGGGCGCUUCUAGCAGCUCCAAGGGGAUGGGAGGUGGAAUGGGCGCUUCGAGCAGUGCCAUGGGUAUGGGUGGUGGGAUGAGCAUGUCGGCAUCGUCGAUGGGAGGAAUGCCCAUGCCUUCAGCUUCGACCUCUCUCGAUUCCGGUGCCGUCUUGCUUCAACAAUCCAAAUCGGCCACAACCACAGCGGCUGCGGCAACGAAGACGGCGUGUAAGAGGAAGCGGUCCAGCAGGAUCUGA